CCACUUUUUAGGGCAGACAUCCAGCCAGAGAGGCAGCCAGACCCAAUGGACUGCAACACCACGUAGGGGUGAGGGGCAGGUGGCAGCAGCAGUAAUGGAGAUGGGGAGAUGCAUUUCACCUGGGAGGAUCGUAGAGCGCUUCCUGGAGCAGGUCUGAUCUCAGAGCUGAAGCUGGCUGUGCCCUGGGGCCACAUCGCAGCCAAAGCCUGGGGCUCCCUGCAGGGCCCUCCAGUUCUCUGCCUGCACGGCUGGCUGGACAAUGCCAACUCCUUCGACAGACUCAUCCCUCUUCUCCCGCAAGACUUUUAUUACGUUGCCAUGGAUUUCGGAGGUCAUGGGCUCUCGUCCCAUUACAGCCCAGGUGUCCCAUAUUACCUCCAGACUUUUGUGAGUGAGAUCCGAAGAGUUGUGGCAGCCUUGAAAUGGAAUCGAUUCUCCAUUCUGGGCCACAGCUUCGGUGGCGUCGUGGGCGGAAUGUUUUCCUGUACCUUUCCCGAGAUGGUGGAUAAACUUAUCUUGCUGGACACACUGGUAUUUCUCCUGGAAUCAAAUGAAAUGGAGAACUUGCUGACCUACAAGCGGAGAGCCAUAGAGCACAUGCUGCAGGUAGAGGCCUCCCAGGAGCUCUCGCGCGUGUUCAGCCUGAAGCAGCUGCUGCAGAGGUUACUGAAGAGCAAUAGCCACUUGAGUGAGGAGUGCGGGGAGCUUCUCCUGCAAAGAGGAACCACGAAGGUGGCCACAGGUCUGGUUCUGAACAGAGACCAGAGGCUCUCCUGGGUAGAGAACAGCAUUGACUACGUCAGCAGGGAGCUGUGUGCGCAUUACAUCAGGAAGCUGCAGGCCCACGUCCUGUUGAUCAAAGCAGUCCAUGGAUAUUUUGAUCCAAGAGAGAAUUACUCUGAGGAGUCCCUGUCGUUCAUGAUAGACACGAUGAAAUCCACCCUCAAAGAGCGAUUCCAGUUUGUGGAAGUCCCAGGCAAUCACUGUGUCCACAUGAGCGAACCCCAGCAUGUGGCCAAUAUCAUCAGCUCCUUCUUACAGCGCACACACACGCUCCCAGCUGUAGCUCUGGGCCUGGAACUAUGAAGACCUAGUGCUCCCAGACUCAACGCUGGGACUCUGAGUUCCUGAGCCCCACAACAAGGCCAGGGAUGGUGGGGACAGGCCUCACUAGUCUUGAGGCUCACCCUAGGAUGGUAGUCAGGGGAAGGAACGAGAUUCCAACUUCAACAUCUGUGACCUCAAGGGGGAGACAGAGUCUGGGUUCGAGGGCUGCUGUCUCCUGGCUAAUAAUCUCCAGCCAGCUGGAGGAAGGAAGGGCGGGCUGGACCCACCUAGCCUUUCCCUGCUGCCCAACUGGAUGGAAAAUAAAAGGUUCUUGUAUUCUCA